UAAUUUACAUAUUUUUUGGUGUCGUCGUCUUUAAGGCUUUAAUAUCAAUAUCAGCAAAUUAUUGUUUAUGUUGUCUCUUUAAUUGCUUUGAUUCUGUGAAUCCUUACUAUAAUUGACUCAUCUAAAUUCGAAAAUCUAGACUCGUCAGAAUUGAGCAUCAUCUAAUUUUUUAGAUUCAAAAAAUGAGUACUGAAAGUUUUCAAAUAGCACGAUUACUUUCACAAGCAAAGUAUCGUUUCCAGGAUCAAGCUAAACGCCAAAUAACCGAUGUAUUGAAGAUGUACCGUAAUCUAUUUGCUUAUCCUCAAAAAUGUACAUUACCAAAUGGUAUUAAACGUGAUCUGGUCGUACUCCGUGGUACAAUACCAAUUACCUAUCGAAAAAAUGUAUAUAACAUUCCUGUAUCGAUUUGGGUGUUAGAGGAUCAUCCAGAUUCAGCUCCAAUUUGUUGGGUGAAUCCAACAAAAGAUAUGACAAUUAAAGUUUCAGAACACGUUGAUCAAGAUGGCCGUGUUUAUUUGCCUUAUCUAUCCAAUUGGGAUCGCAACGCUAGUGAUCUACUUGGAGUUAUUCAAGUUAUGAUUAUUAUAUUUGGCGAUAUGCCACCUCUUUAUUCAAAACCUAAAACAACAGAAACUCCAGGAUAUCCACAGAGUGGCACAGCCAAUCCACCAUAUCCAACUCGGUUUCCUGGCCAAUAUCCAUUUUCAAAUGUUUAUCCUGCCGUACAGCCUGUUCAACCAACAACAUCCAGUUAUCCACCUCCAUCUUCUAAUCCAUCUGAUACUCCAUCAUAUCCUGCUUAUCCAAUGAUGCCUAUGCCCUAUGGUCAAUCAACAAAUCAACCGACUACUGGUGGUAAUUCUUUAUCAUCAUCAUCGACAGACACCAAUACAAUCACUAAGGAACAUAUUCGGCUAUCGUUAUUAAGUGCUGUUGAAGAUAAAAUUAAAGCUCGAUCCAAAGAAAUGCUAUCUCAAUAUAAAGCCGAAAUCGAUGUGUUGAAACGAACAAAUGAUGAUCUUAAAAAAGGUAGAACAAAAUUGGAUGAUUUGGUCAAAGAUAUCGAAACAAAUCUGGUCGAACUAAGUAAAUGUAAAGAAAAGAUUCAAGCUAAAGAUUCAAAGAUAUCCGAAUUAGUAGCCAAAAUGGAAUCAUCGGAAAAUCAAUUGAAUAUUGAUGAAUAUUUUGGACCCGUACAACCAUUAUAUAAACAAUUAUUCAAUGCUUUUGCUGAAGAAAAUGCAAUUAUCGAUACGAUUUUCUAUUUGAAUGAAGCUUUGCAGAAAAAUGUCAUUGAAUUGGAUGUAUUUAUUAAGCAUGUUCGUGAACUAAGUCGCCGACAAUUUAUGUUACGUGCAUUGGUGAAAAUUUGUCGUGAAAAAGCCGGAUUACCUACAUAAAGUAGUUAUACAUGGUUGCAUCGUUUUUUUUAACAUUUUGAAUUCAAUUUUAAUCUGAUAUUUAAAAAAGCUGUUUUUAAUUUUGAAAAUUUCA